CCUCAUAAAAGUUUAGUGUUACAAGAAUUACCGUAUUAAACGAAAGCGUGCGCCACGUGUUAUACCGAAGUGUUGCGCAAAGAGAGAGGGACCGUGUGAAGAGAGGGAGAGAGAAAUGCCAGCUGUACUCGAAUUCCAUCCGUGGCGGUGGCCGCGAAUACCGAGUAUUGAGGAGUACCGCGCGAACCUGUCGUGUACACGUAUGGAGUGAGGACGCGGAGAAGUGUAAUCAUGGAUGACCGUCGGAACAACCGGGAAGUGGCCACCAUAUUGUUUCUCUGUCUGCUCUGGUAUGGGAUCUCGAGCAGCAGUAAUGUGGUGGGCAAGAUGUUGCUCUCGGAGUUUCCCUAUCCGAUGACAGUGACCAUGGUCCAGUUAACUUCAAUCACCAUCUAUUCAGGCCCGUUUUUCAAUCUAUGGGGCGUACGGAAGUACUCGUCGAACAUCCCCUGGGGAUAUUACUUACGGUUGAUCGUGCCACUCGCCCUGGGCAAGUUCCUCGCGAACGUAUUCAGCCACGUCAGCAUUUGGAAAGUGCCCGUCUCGUACGCUCAUACUGUGAAGGCUACAAUGCCCUUCUUCACGGUGUUCCUGUCAAGAAUCAUAUUGAAGGAAAAGCAGACUUGGAAGAUCUAUCUUAGCCUAGUCCCUAUUGUCUUGGGUGUUGGUGUUGCCACGCUUACUGAGCUCAGCUUCAAUAUGAUUGGUUUGUUGAGUGCCUUAGCAUCUACCAUGGCAUUCUCCUUGCAAAAUAUUUAUUCUAAGAAGGUAUUACAUGAUACAAGAAUACAUCAUCUGAGACUUCUGCUCAUUCUAGGUCGCCUGGCAUUGAUCUUGUUCUCCCCUAUAUGGUUACUAUAUGAUUUGAGGAGAUUAAUAUAUGAUCCAGACACUGGUGGAUCAAUAGACUUGAGCUAUUAUAUACUGGGCCUGUUAUUCCUGGAUGGUGUGCUGAACUGGCUCCAGAACAUCAUAGCCUUUUCUGUACUGUCCAUUGUUACCCCCUUGACUUAUGCAGUGGCCAGUGCAAGCAAGCGUAUAUUUGUAAUUGCAGUAACUUUGCUUGUGCUUGGCAAUCCAGUGACAUGGUUGAACAUAUUAGGAAUGUCAAUGGCCAUAUGUGGUGUGCUGUGUUAUAACAAGGCAAAAUAUGAUCAGAGACUAGAGAAAGAAAAUCAGAUAACUCUUCCCAAUUAUUACGAUAAGAACCGUAACGGCGACAGUGGUAGUUCCUUCAUGAUGAAUGGAUGGACUGAAAAAAAGAAGCAAUUGUUUGCUGUCUAG